ACCACAGCGUGGUUGAGACGCAAGAGAGAGAGGACUGAGCAGAUGUCAGAAAAAGAGAGGAACGGACGUGGCGAGAACUCGGGGAGCAAAAACAGAAUGAGGGUGUAGUCGUCAGGUUGAAAUAAAGAGGGGGAGAGAGAGAGAGGAACCAUCUGGUCCAAUUCAAGUCAUUCAAGGCUCGAUAUGAGAGCAGAGUGGACCAAAAGGCUCAGAAACAGAUAAGGGAAUCCCCCUCUGUUUCCAAAACGCCAUGGAAACACUGAGAGACAUCAGGCAGGCCUACCAGGACACAGGGAGGGGAAGCAGCAGAGGAGGUCUGUCUCUGCCGAGCCUGGGCGACAGCAGCAGACGCUUGAGCCAUCUGGAUCCUGGUCCCUCACCCGGUCUGCUGGGUGCCAGGACCUCCUGUCUGGCGGUUCCACCUCAAAACAGGCCGAGGACAAGAAGUGUGGUUGCUGCAUGCCCGUCCUCCCCCGCCCUGCUGUCUGUGGCUGAGCCCGGCCAGCUCAGCCAAUCAGCCCCCAGCAUCAUGGAACCACUACUGUGCUCAAAUACAGUGAUGCAGGCCAGAGCACACAUUCAGACCCGACUGGGCUUCCAAGACACUGGAAAUGAACAAAAGGGGCCCUUGCUGGCUCUGUAUCCCAGAACGCCCAAGAUCUUGGCACCCCUUGGCAGCCGGCCCAAGGAUAUUGCAGCUCUGCCAGUGCUAAAGCACCGAGUUCCCCUGAAGCCCAUCAGCCGGAGCCCCCUUUGCUCCAAGACCUGGUUGAGGAGGGAAAGGAGGUCCUGGGGAAGCCCAAUCACUGGCCUUCUGACCACUAAAGGUGGUAGUGAGGGGAGCGGGUCCAGCAGCCACAGUUCCUUCGAUCUGGAGGAUGAAGAUGAGGAAGAUGAGAGGGAUGUGUGUGAGAGAGCUUCAGGGGAAAGACAUAUGAAGUUAGUUGGAGAGAGACUGGCUCGGCAUUUGAACAAUGUGAGCCCCACUGAGGCUGAGAUGGUUGGGGACACACGGCAGCAUCUUAAAGUUCUGUCAAAGAUCAGUCACAUUCCACCCAUCCACAGCCCGGCACAUGACCUGGAUGGAGAGCCCAUCAAUCGUACACACUCUCACUGUGAAGGCAAAGCCACCAAUGACUCGUUAAUGAAAUAUCACUAUGCACAACAAGGGAACGAUGAAUUAUCGAUCACAUCAAAGUCUCAAGAGGAAAGAAACCAUGUGGGCUGCACCCAAGAGCCUGAGAUUCGCCAAGGGAUAACACUCCAUAGGAAAAAUGACCACGGUGAUGCUAUUGCAUCCUCUAAAGAGACUUACAAAAACGACCUGCAGCAUAUAAAACAGACAAGAAGAACAAUGAGGGAUUCCUGCUGUGAAGAAACCCAGGAAGAUGAUCCAAUCCCUCAUAGGGAGGAUGUAAAGAUACCUGCUGGCACUACCGAAGACACAAUUCAAUUAUUUACUCGAGCUGGAAACCUGACACGGUCAGACAUGGAUCCCAAGGGAGAUGAGAGGAUGUUGAAGGCCUUAAUGCCUGUUCUGAACAAGGACAGGAGAACCAGCAUGAACUGUGAGCUGAGAGUCGACAUUCCUACGACCCAGCAGUCCUUCAACGUGCUUGCACACAAAGACCGAAAGUCUAAAAGCAAUCUGAAGCUCUCCACACAAGUUAAAGACAAAACCAAGAACGGCCCUGAGCUAAUACUCAGUGGAGAGACGGCCACACAAGUCAAGUCAAAGCUCAAAUCUGUUAAAGUUGCAAAUUGUCACGGUGGCGCCCCCUCACCACGAAAGAAGCUUAGUGAUCAGGGCAAAAGAGCAGAUCCCGACAAGAUGAACAGAGCUCCGCCGCAUGCACCGCCGAGGGAGCUAAAGAGCAGCCGGCAGUUGAAGAGACCCGGUCCAGCGGCGACACCGAGGUCUAAAUCUACCGUGGACUUCAUCACCUACAAAGACGGGUUUCAGCAGAUGCAGAGCGGGGAUGACGGACCGGAAAUAUACGAGAUGUUUGUCGGUCCCAUCUACGAUAACCUGCGGGUUUCCAGCUCCUGCGAGAAAGGGAAGGGCAGGCAAGUGCAGUCGGCUCCGCCUAGGAAGACACAGCAGUGCCACAAAGUCAAACACAGACCCCUGAAACAAGCGCAGAGGAGAAGUCCGGCGGAGAGUGUUGUGGUUUCCGCUAAAAGCAAACCGAAGCUUGUGUCCUCUCGGGUAAAACCUCACGCUGCAGCUGUUCCAAGGAAAGGCACGCACAAAGUAAGGAAAGGCGGACACACAAAGGCUGAGUUAGUUCCCUCCAAGGAUGUUGGGAUUUGUCAGAGCAGUGCUCCCGAAACUGUGUUAUCUACCAUAAAGGAGACUCUUUCUAAACAUGUGUCCGAAACGAUCAAAUCAAAUGACAAAACAUUGACGCCAGUAGUUUCAUCUAAUGCCGAAGAUCAUCAUCACCCGCACAUGAAUAUGCAAGAGAUAAGAAACCCAAACCGACCGGUCCCUGAGCCUGUGUCACCUCGAAGCCCCCAUCAGCCAAAGAUCAACACCUGGACGUCUUCCUGCACCAGCCACACCGUUGUGUCACCAGUUUACCAGAAGUUCCUGGACGAGGUGGGGGACGGGCCGCUCACAGACGACCUGCUGCAAUGUCUGGCCGAGGAGCUGAUCUCAUUGGACGAGAGGGAUGCAUCCAUAGACCUGGAAAACCUGGAGUCCAACGGAGAAGACGAUCACGUGUCAGGAAGAAGGACAGGACUUUUGACUUUUGAUCAUGAGGACAAUCCCACAGACAGUGCUGCUCUGCUUGGCUCUUGUUUAGUUGUAGACAACGCCAUCACGUGGACAAAGGGCGAAGUACUCGGCAGGGGGGCAUAUGGGACGGUGUACUGCGGCCUGACCAGCCGGGGCCAGCUGAUCGCUGUGAAGCAGGUGAGCCUUGAUUCCUCCGACCCCGACGCUGCGAAGAAAGAGUACAGCCAUCUGCAGGGGGAAGUGGAGCUGCUAAAAACCCUCAGACACGCCAACAUCGUGGGCUUUCUGGGUACCUCACUGUUUCAGCACGUGGUUUCCAUCUUCAUGGAAUACAUCCCGGGAGGAUCCAUCGCCAGCAUCCUUCACAGGUUUGGUCCCCUGCCAGAGCGUGUCCUGGCUUUAUACACCCAUCAGAUCCUGGAGGGGGUGGCCUACCUUCACCUGAACAGGGUGAUUCACCGAGAUUUGAAGGGAAACAACGUCAUGCUGAUGCCCACUGGCGUCAUCAAGCUCAUAGACUUUGGCUGUGCGCGCCGUCUCAGCUGCCUGAACCACACCGCCAGCAGCAGUGAUCUGCUCAAGUCUGUCCACGGCACGCCUUACUGGAUGGCCCCGGAGGUUAUCAAUGAGACAGGAUACGGCAGGAAGUCAGACAUAUGGAGCGUGGGCUGCACAGUGUUUGAGAUGGCCACAGGGAGACCACCGCUGGCACACAUGGACAAGAUGGUGGCUUUGUUCUACAUCGGGGCUCAACGAGGGUCGAUGCCCUCCUUGCCAAAUGGGUUUUCGGAUCAUGCCAAGGAUUUUGUAAACAUCACCUUGACAUGUGACCAGAGACUGCGGCCGUCUGCAGACCAGCUGCUGAAGCAUUCGUUCAUCCCGCAGCAGCGUGAGACCGGAGCGCACUUCAAGGACUGCUGUGCUCACCCAGAGGGACUGUGUGGUUAAUAAGUUACACUUACAAUGUUUAUAUGUUCAAUUCUCAUUUUUUAAAUUCAGAUUAAUGACUCAAGAUCCUUUGAGAGCCUGCCACCUGUCCCCAGUGUAUGGUUUACUAAGUAUAUCAAAACGAGAACAUUGUAGGAAUGGCAUUUGCAUGCUGACAUUUGAGAAAAUACAUAAGCACUUUUAUACAUUUAUCUUUAUUAGAACCUAUAAAAUGUGAACUGACUUAGAGCAGAUUUGUGUAACACACUUUGAAUAUUUUCUAUAGUAAACUUAUAAAUGUGCCAAUCUUAU